AUGAUUAACCAAUCGAUCGAUAUUCCUGCGAAUCCAUCACCAGAUCUUCCCGUGGAACUGGUUUUUGACGUCCUCACACCUCGGCCGCAUUUCAUUAUAAAACACAAGAAAGAAUUUCGAAAGGCAACGCCGACUGAAAAUGAAUUAAAAGACGUGAUAAAACUAAUAACAGAUUUUCUCAUUGAAAAGCCCGAUUACGACAGUAAUACAAUUCUUUCAUUUCAUCGAGGAAUUUGGUAUAAACAAAAGUGUCCCGAUUUUCAUGCACAUCUCUGCGUUCCAAGAAAACCCUAUUGUCGAGAAGUACAACGCAUGGUAUCGUCCGAUCAAUGGUUAUCAUCAAUAGAUUAUCUAAAUCGAUUGGAGAAAAAUUUAAUCUGCUCGAAAAUGAAAUACAGUGAAUAUCAAACGAAGUGUUUAGUAAUGGCCUAUCGAUGUUUCAAUGAUCCAGUUUCACGUUAUCUUCCACUUAGUCAAUUCAAUACAUCAAAAUUUACUCUUGUAUUUCUUGCUUCGUCGCCCCGAAUCGGCGUGAUAGCGAAGACGAAAACGACUGAAUUGAAAAUUUUAUACAAUUUCAUGGAGAAUUUCUAUUUUUCUGCUCGCAAAAAGUUAAGUGCAAUUAAUCCUUUGUAUGAAAAUUUCGGUGCUCAUCUAUGUCUACAUGUGGGUGGCAAGAAGAAGAAGAAUGUGCAUGUUGUCGAACGCACCGAUCGUGUUUUAUUUAAUACAAUUGAAUGCAUUAAAACUGAACGAAUUGUUGGUUAUGUACAAAUGGAAGAGCAACUCUAUCUGCGUUGGUUGCCCAACAUUUUUCACCGGACUUGGCUUCAUGAAUUUCGAAACAAUCAACAUUUCGUUCGCACUUAA